AUGGGAAAUUCUGGCAAAAUUCAUGUGAUAGAUCUGGAGAUUCGAAAUGGGUGCCAAUGGUCAGAGCUGAUGCAGAGCCUUUUCCUGAGAAGUUCUUCCUAUCCGAUUAAGCUUCUGAGGAUCACGGCACUUGGAAUGGAUUCGGAUGAUCUAAAAGAUAGCGUACGAAGACUUCACGAGCUCGCUCAGUCCUUGGGGAUUCCGUUUUCUUACAGGAUGGUGCAGAUCAAAAGUAUGGAAGAGAUUAACGAAGGUAUGUUCAAAAUAAAACCUGGGGAGGCUGUCUCAGUGUUCGCGCCCCCUGUUUUCCAUAGGCUGUUAUAUAAUCCGAGUCUUCUGGAGAGUGUUUUAGAUGUUAUAAAGAGAUUAAGGCUCCGGAUAAUGGUGAAUAUAGAGGUUGAAGUUGACAGCAAUUCUCCUCCUUUUGAAAAGCGACUAGUCGAUGUACUUUCCCAAAGCAGCGUUUGUUUUGACGCCCAUGAUGUGAUAAUGCCCGAUAGACAUGAUUCUCGAAGGGUCAAGUAUGAGGAAAUAUUCUGUGGAAGGCAGAUAACGAAUACGAUUGCAUGUGAGGGGACCGAAAGGAGAGUUAGACAUACUAAAAUUGAUGUGUGGAGAUGUUUCUUCAAACAAGAGGGAUUGAGGGAGAUGAGCUUCAGCUAUCAAGCUUGGUAUCAGGCCAGAUUACUGCUGAAAGAAUAUCCUAACGGAGAAUGCUGUAGCGUUGAGGCCAAUGGAGAUGCCCUAAUAACUGGGUGGAAAACAACCCCAGUAGUUGCAGUAUCUUUAUGGACUCGUGGCUGA